UGGGGGCGGUGCUAGUAUCCAUGGCAACAGAUCAAACAGUGUUUGAACACAGCGCGUGAAUCUCGUGCUAGACUCUCCUCGCUCGGUUCAGCUCGCUGUCGCUUUGCUAGUUCUCAUAAUGGCUUUCUUCGGACUCACACAUUUGGGCUAUCAGAACCCUUUUGGGGACAGGAUGGUAACAUCUACACAAAACAAUCUUACACGAGACUCAUCAGACCUGCAUCUCGGCAGCCAGAGAAGAUAUCAGGACUUCUGCAGACGCGUUCAGAGGGCUCCUAAAGAGUUGUAUCGUGUACCUGUGACGGACAACCAGCAGUACGGCUGGUGGGUUUCCACCGAUGGCCUGAAGAAGCAGGAGCCUUGGACUCAAACCCGUCGCUUCCCACGCAAGAACAGCGAAAUGACAAAGUUUGUGAAUGAGAUGUCAAUGACCAGCCCAGACUUCAGCUUGUUUUGAUUCCUGGUCCAUGAAUCUGUCAGACAGUUUGUUCAAAUGGUGACCACAGUCCCAUAAUACUGCAACACUGCAUUGUGUCACUUUGCUUAGCAGAAGAGGAGGUGCAGAGGACACACAACUAAUACAAGUGUUAUGUAUCCACUGGACAUCUAUGGCUGUGCCAUAUUGUUUAUAGAAUUUAGUGCAAUAAAUUUAGUCCCAAUCUG